AUGGCGGCGUUUUCUGCAUGGAAUCUGAUCGUUCCUCAGCAGCGCCGCCGCCAGGAGAAGGUGGUGGUGGUGAUGGGCGCCACCGGCACCGGAAAAUCCCGCCUCUCCGUCGACUUGGCCACCCGUUUCUACGGUGAGGUUAUCAACUCAGACAAAAUGCAGGUCUACAAAGGCCUCGACGUGGCAACGAACAAGUCCACCGCCGCCGACCGCCGCGGCGUCCCCCACCACCUGCUCGGGAUCGUCGACGACCCCGACGCGGCAUUCACGGCGGCGGAGUUCGUCCGCCGUUCGUCGAUGGCGGCGGAGGAAAUAUCCGGGAGGGGCCGCCUGCCCAUCAUCGCCGGAGGGUCGAACUCCUUAGUGGAGGCGCUCACCGUCGCCGACCGCCAAUUCCGGUCGAGGUACGAGUGCUGCUUCCUCUGGGUUUACGUGUCGGCGCCGGUACUGCACUCCGUCGUCUCGGAGAGGGUCGAUCGGAUGGUGGCCGGCGGCCUGGUGGAGGAGGCGGCGGAGUUCUUCAACCCCAGCGGCGACUACAGCCGCGGGAUCAGACGCGCCAUCGGGGUGCCGGAGCUGCACGAGUUUUUCAAGAACGGGCCAUUCGUCGGCGGCGAAGCCGCCGGAGCUGAUCUUCUGGAGGCGGCUAUUGUUGAAAUAAAGGAAAAUACAUGCAAACUAACCCGCCGCCAGCUGGGGAAGAUUUGGAGGCUGAGGGAGAAGCUGGCGGGGCGGCGGAUGCACCGCCUGGACGCCACCGGAGUAUUUCUUAACCGCGGUGGCGAAGCAGUGGAAGCAUGGGAGAAGAUGGUGGUGGGGCCAAGUACGAGGAUUUUGGCACGUUUCCUCAUAAGUGAAGAUGAAGAAGAAGAUGCACACUCACAACCUGUCACUGUUGAUCAGGCAUAUAUACUUACAUAGAUAGAUACAUAUAUACAAAUGUUGCAGGAAAAUAAUUAAAGUGUGAUUUAAUUUCCUCAUCAU